AUGUCGUGCAUCAGUGUGCGUGGGAAACUGCCCGGGCUUCAGCGUGCUGUUGUGACCAGCGAUCAUUCAGUUGGAGGUUCUUAUUUAGGCUGUGAGCCGAUGGGACUCUUCUGGGCUUUGGAGCCUGCACUCAGAAGCAGAGAAGGUUUGAGGCUUAGGAAAAGAAACGUGGAGACGCCAUACAUAGUGAACAUCUCCUUACUGGAGGGCCACACUUCACCCAGUGAGGGGCAGAGCACUGAGCUGGCAGCUGUAACCGUUGAGCGCUGGUACAUGGCGCCAGGAGUGAGGAGAAUAGAGAUUCGUCAGAACAAAAUUGUAGGAACAUUAUUCUUACCCCCUGGCCCGGGCCCUUUUCCUGCUAUGCUGGAUCUGUGGGGAAUGGGUGGAGGACAGUCGGAGUACCGCUCUGCACUUUUUGCCUCCAGGGGAUUCGCGAGUCUUUCUGUUGCCUACAUGGGGCACAAAGACUUACCUGGACCACCAGACAUAAUGAGUGUUGGCGAUUUGUAUUUCAAAUCAGCCUUCCAGCUACUUCAAGAUCACUGUCAGGUCGAUGCAGAGAGAAUUGGGGUCAUUGGCCUCUCCUUUGGAGUCUGUCUGACCCUUCGCAUCGCCACUAGGAUUGGUGUUAAACCAUCAUGUUUGAUUUGUAUUAACGGGCCAGUAGGAAGCCCGCUGUUAGAUGAAGAUGGCAAGACCAAAACGAUUGAGAGUGACCAGAAACAUUGGGAGCUCGAUGAUCGAGGCCGUGUGAGUUUCAGACAUGUCUCUCUGCCGGAUAAUCUGCCCCCUGAGAACAAACAGAAGGUAAAGAACAUCACCUGUCCUCUCAUGUACAUAGUGGGUGAAGACGAUCUGUGUGCUGCAAGCACAGAGAAUGCAGAUGUGACUGAGGAGGCCCUGAGGUCUGCAGGUAAAUCCCAGCUGUUUACCCGCUUGUCAUAUCCCGGUGCCGGUCACCUGAUCGAGCCACCCUACGCACCGUGUGCAAGAGUGUCUCUAUGGAGAGCCAAACCAGAGAAAUUAUUCACUCUGUGGGGAGGUCACCCCGCACCCCACGCUGCUGCUCAAGAAGAUUCGUGGAAGAGGAUCCUAGAGUUUAUGGAAACCCAUCUGAGGCGGUGA